AUGAAUCUAUCCCUGGAUGUUCUUACCGCGACUACCCCCCCCCCCAAGAACUUGCUCGGGAACGAGACGUCUGGCUGUUUGUUCAUGGCACUACGACCCCUCAUAACAAUCUGUGGGACGACUGGAGUCGGAAAGUCCAAGCUCGCCAUUGAACUCGCUCUCGCGCUGUCGCAGAAUCUUGGACACCGUGAUCAUGGGUAUCAGGGCGCUAGGAUUAUUAAUGCGGACGCUAUGCAGGUAUAUGCGGGAAUGGACAUCAUAACUAAUAAGGUUCCAGUGGCAGAACAAUCCGGAAUUGAACAUCUAUUGAUGGGUUUCAAACAACCCGGAGAGCAAUAUAUCGUGACUCAAUGGGUCCAGGAUGCCAUGCAAGCAAUUGACGAUACGCACCGAAGGAACCAAGUGCCAAUUGUUGUCGGUGGCACGUCAUACUGGAUCCAACAUCUCGUUUUUCCCAAUCGACUAGUAUCCAUGGGUGAGAAUACGGCUAAUGGAAAACAUACCCGCGGUGCCACUGUGCCCUGUGGCAAACUUACAGCCUCUCUUGCUUCCCUUCCGCGCGAAUUGGCUGAUUUGUUCGCUACUCUACCGGAAAAAGCACCAUCCGCGACGAUGAAUCCAGAACUCGCAUUGUCUCUCCAUAGUUUGUUAUCGGCACUUGAUCCACAUAUUGCUGAGCGAUGGCAUUGGAAAGAUACCAGAAAAGUACUACGGAACUUGAUAAUCUUAAAAGAUACUGGCAGGCUACCAAGUGAGAUCUUCUUUGAUCAGUCGCAGCUUGACGUACAACCCAGGUACCAAACACUUUGCUUCUGGCUGUACGCCAAUCCGGACAUCUUAAAGCCUCGUCUGGAUGCGCGCGUGGACCAAAUGGUACAGCAAGGACUCCUCGACGAAAUUAGAACAUUGAAGGAUGCGAGACCUUCGACUCCAGACCCUCUAAUAGGAGGGCAGAGUGAUCUUGUAGAUUCGGACCUUGAGGAUCACGCAGACUACACACUAGGAAUAUAUCAAUCAAUUGGAUACAAAGAAUUUCACCAAUAUCUCAGUCACCCUGGCCAUUCGGAGGAGAUUUUCCUUGAUGCUCUCCAGAAUAUGAAAGCUGCUACUAGGAAAUAUGCCAAAAGGCAGAUCAUGUGGAUCCGCAACAAACUGCUUCCUGCCAUUGAUUCGGUCAAAGUCUCCUGCAAAUCAAAUAACACGUCACCUGUGGCAAUAGCGUACUUGCUGGACGCGACCGAGCCAUCAACCUGGGAGUCUAGCGUACGGGGUCCUGCACAAAGUAUCACUCAAAAUUUCUUGGAGGGGAAGGAGCUUAUGAAUCCUAUAGAACUGUCUGAUACUGCUCGAGAGAUCUUGGGUCGCGUGAGACAAUCGAAAAAGUAA